GCUCAUUCUCACCUGGCACUAUAUAAGCUGCCACUGCCAUCCCAUCCUGGCUGUUUCAUCCCCAAUCUAACCUCCAACCCCCAUCUGUGAUCUGCCGUCCGAUUUAACUUCUCGCACUAAAAUGGCCCAUCCAACAACCACCACCCACCAACCAACACACUUCAAAAAUCUCAAAAAUCUCUGCGCUGGGAACGACCCCGGUUAAACCGCUGCACAUCCAAAACCAAGGACAAGAUACGCCAGCAAUGGACCGUCUCCCCGCCGAGAUCCUCCUCCUAAUCGCCGACCAGUUCCUGUUCAUCUUCUCCGCCCAAAGAUGCCAGCUCCUGCAGGUGUGUCGGCGCUGGCGCUCGGUGCUCUUCCACGCCGUGUACGACCGGAUCCUCGUUCGACAGCACCGACUCCCGUCCCUGAUGCGAGCAAUCGCCAUCAACCCCUCCAUCGGAUCAUCCAUCAAACACCUCCGCAUCAUCCCGCACUAUGUGCCCAAGGCCCAGCGCACGACCCACGAGGUCGCGUCCUUCGCCCCCCUCAUACAACACAUCAGCCAAUCACCCGAAGAGGUCCUUGAAUGGACGAUUGCCCUAACCCAGGAUGAAAACCAUGCCUGGCUCGGCCUUCUGCUCGUCUCCCUGGAAAACCUCACCUCGCUAUCCAUGACCUGGUCUGGGCGACAGCCUUUCGUCCGGCGGAUCGUCUCCCGCGCCGCCAUGCGCGAGGGCCCCUUCGACACAGACCCCAUACUACAGUAUCUCGAGGGCUUCGAUAUCGAUUACCUAGAUCACAAGGACUACCACGUCCACCAGCAGUUCUUCCCUUUCUUUCACCUCCCAUCCAUGCGCUCCAUCCGGCUAGAAUGCGUCAUCGAAUCUACCCGGCUCCGCAACACCACCGCCCUCAGCCUUCCCCCAGCCGGAACCUCCCCCAUCACCUCCCUAGAUCUUCGCAACGGCAACAGCAACAAAGGCAUGGCCGAAUACAUCACCGCGUGCGCCAACCUCCAGGAAUUCAAAUACCAGCACCGCAACCAAGCCAUCUGGGCGGAGCAAUACAUCGGAUUCCGGCCGCGGGCCUUCUACCACGCGCUCGUCACGCAGAAACACAGUCUGCGGGUCCUCCACCUCAACGACAGAGGCGAGCACGACAACGAUGACUUUUCCGAUGACGAAGACGACGCCGAGACCGAUGACUUCCCCGGUAACUUCUUCGGCUCCCUGUCGGAGUUCACGCAGCUCUGGGAUCUGCGCAUCCCUGUCGUCAAUCUGCUCAGCUUCCAUCUGAGUCAUGGGAAGAAAGUCACGACACUUAAGCAGAUCCUUCCCCGCAGUCUGAAACGGCUGUAUCUUGCUGAUUUCAGGAACGAGCAGUGGGAUCCGCUGUUGAGGAAUCUGUUGGAGGUGGUUGCGCUACGUGAGAUGUUUCCGUAUCUAGAGCGGCUAGAGAUUCAGACUACGGCUGGCAGGCUGAUAGAGCAGAGGGGAGGGCCGCCGUUGACGGUUAAAGAGGCGUUCGAGCCGCUUGCUGCGGCGUGUGAGAAGGCGGGGAUUCAGUGGAGUAUUGCUCAGAGAAGGAGGUGAGCUGUAUUCGAUGGGUCCGUGCCUGUGGAUAGGUGCGGUUAGUUAUAGAUGAUUUAUCAUCAUCUACUUGCAUCCUCAACGGCGACGGUUUGAUGACUAUAGUCUCUAGAAAUGGAUCAAAG